AGGUGCUGAAAGAAUGUGAAUUUCCACGCUCGAUCCCUGGUGAACCGACUACAGGUAGAUCACGCGUGCAAUGUGAGCCGAUAGCCCUUUAUAAUGUUGUGAGGAAAUAGGAAUUCAAAUCUACAUGAGUUUGGUACUAGUAAUAUCACUUCGUCCUGGAAUACACCGCUCAUCAAGCGGAAACGCAAGGCUGCAAGUCCAAGUUCUGGCUCGUUGAAGUAGAUUGGUUUCUUUCUUGCAAGUCUUGGAUGCUUUUGGGCGUCUUAUUUGGUGCCAUUGCAUUGACCUUUCUUUAUUUUUUCUUGCUUUUACUCGAUGACCUUGCAAGUGCUGCCUGCAAUAGACUCCUAAGCUUCGUCGUGCUUUCGUUUGCACGUUUUUGUGUCUUUUUGUUCGGGUUUAAACCCCUGUCCCACCUCAUAAACUUCUGCACGUGAAAAAUCCCCAACGUUACCUUCGUAGAUUAGAGUGCUAUCCCGUAUAUUUUUUGUCUUCCUAAUUAUUGAGUUGUUGGAGUAGACAGAGUAAUACGAUAAAGAUGGCAAUAAGCAAAGCCGUUGCUGCGCUCGCGCUCGCAGGAGUCGCGGCCGCACAAAAGAAGCCUGCGCAAAUCGAUGCUAUGAAGCACGAUAUUCAGGAGCUCUACCCGAGGAAUUUCGAUAGCGUCAUUGGUACUACCCACUACGAACAGUACAAACAAGUGCGCAUCAAGAUGUAGCACUGUACGACUGGCCGAUCUUUCAUCAACUGAUAAAUAUGACAAGGGUUUGCUCCACUGCGAUGCAUGCGGUGGUGCACAGGCGAGAUGAAUUUUUUACUAGUGAAUGAUGGUCGCAAGCCGAUAAGUCGGCACAGACAACUACUGCUUGUGCUGCGCAAUGAAUUAUACCCGAUGUGUACGCCGGAUCCUUGUGUUGAAUAUGCUGCACCACAUUUAUGCACUGUAGUCUUUCUUUUAUUGCUAACACGAGAAGUAGGAUGAAAAAUUUAAUGCUCUUCAUGCUCUCAGGUACAUCACUCCCGCUCACGGUAUCAUCUGUAUUGUAUUUCAAGGGAAGCAGCAAAGAAGACAAGGCGUUUAUCGAGAAAUACAACGAGGUGGCCACCAAGACGAAAAGUAUUUUCUACAUUAAUUUUUGGCUGGACUCUGUAGUACUUCGAUUGGACUGUUGUUGUUGUGUGCAUGGGCAUGAAUGAAUAGGCAUAAGUUGCUGAUAGUGCACAUGGACCAUCACACGUUUCUGGCGCUGCCUUGUUAGUCAGCUCUCGUAUCAUCUUGAGAGGGUUUUCGAGGUAUCUUGUCUCAUCUUUCUCUCUACUUCCUGUCCUAUCAUCUGUAUUUUUCUUUCCUCCAGAAAUGCUGAAAGUGGCAGCAAUGGAUUGUGAUGACGCAGCGAAGCACUGCGAGCGGGUCGGAGUUACGAGCACUCCACAUGUCCAGAUCUAUCCGCAGACACCACGACCGCACUUCAAAUACGAAGGCGAUAUGGAAUCCGAAGCUAUCCUUAAGCAACUCUACAAACGUACUUUUCAAAAUUAUUUCCGCAUCAUUUAAUUUUUUUAUUUGAAGAAGAGAAUUAGUUUUGCCGAAGCUCGCCGCGGAUGAUAUGUUGCAAGCAACUACAACAUCGACCGUCUAGCUUUUGUUUCGAAAAAAAUAUUUCAACAUGCAUACAAGAACUUCCAGUCUACUCAUCAGUUUCAAUUGUAAUUUUUUUGAUAAAUAAAUCCUCAGUGAUUCCGUCGGACAAGAUAUCGAUGCCGAAGAGUGCUGACGAAUUCAGACAAUUCAAGAUGAAGAAUCCGACAAAGCCAAAGAUUACCCUCUUCUCUGAUAAGAAGAAAGCGCCAACAAUCCUGAAGGCUUUGUCUACGGAUACCGUCUUCGCACGCACAGUCGAAUUCGCUUUCGUCGGGCCGGAUCAAGAGGAUGUGGUAAUUUAUGAUUGUUUUGUGAUGAUUGACAUUGACAGUAGAAACGAAUACGCCAUGGGUCGGUGUGUUUUUGUAGUCACCUUUGGUCUGAUUAUACUGAUGAAUAUAUAAAUCAAUGUAAAUCAUUGAGGGCGAAAAUUCCCCUUCUUCCUUGCACAUCAACAGCUUAGCGAGAGCGGAGCGAAGAAGAAGAAGCUUCCGGCUGUCAUGAUGGUUAGCAAGGGCAAAAACACUUGGUACAAGGAGAAGGAUCUCAGUUACAUGGCCCUCCAUGAGUGGAUCAACGUCAACAGCGAGUCCGGUAUGGGAGAUACCGUUAAGGGUAAGGAUGGAACCACUGAAGAAGCCGCUGAGGAAGUCGAAUACGAGAAGGUGCGAGAGAUCCACUUGAAAAGCUCUAACGAGCUGUGCUUCAAGCAGAGCAGCAUCUGCGCGAUCUACCUCUCCGAGGGCAAGAUAGAGGAUAAGGGUACUGUUAAAUCAACUUCUUGAUGCGAAGAUGUUUUGCUCUAUUUGUGAUUUUUAGGGUCGCUGAACAUAAUUAAUAUCUAACUCGGUAGCAGGAAAUAAUUGCAACACCUGAAAAUUAUUGGCCUUCUAUUUUAUAGUGUCUCUAAGAGGAAGAUUAAGUUGAACAAGCAUGACUGUGACACUACACGAGACAAAUCCUUGACCAAUUUUCUCUAUACCUCGAAUUCGCAGCCGCCGAUAUGCUGGUCAGCUUCGAGUCGAAAUUCGCACCGAAGAGCGAUCGUGGUAUCAAAUACAAUUGGAUGUGGAUGGAUGUCUCGCAAGAGGCUGAAUUUAAGAAGACAAUCGAAGAAAAGGAGAAGCAAACCGCAGAAAAGGAGGACCGGGAUGUCGAGCCCAUCACAUACCCGACUAUGGUCUUCGUCAAGCCUCCGAACCCGAAGAAGAAGCGCGAGGAAGGUACUCCUAGUUUAAUACAUAUUCCUAGGUCGAUGCUUAAACCUUGAACUUAAUCAUCAGCAGCUUAAGUUUUCGAGCUAGAUGGUUGAUUUCCACUCUCGCAAAUCCAUCGUUUGACACGAAUGUGCUUGAGCAGUUUGAGGAAGAGUGAUAGGAUUUCCUAAAUUAUGUCCCCCUUCGUCCUUUUUUGACGAUCACUCAGUAUCAAUUUUUGCGUCUACUUUAUUCACGAAAUAUUUAUUUAUCAAUCACGAAGGUCUCCUGUCGUACGUGCGGGUCAGCAGUGGAACCGCGAUUACCGCGAAGAGUGUCGGAGCUAUGGUCGAGAAGAUCAGCGGUGGUGUGACGUACCUGCGCGCGGAUCGACCGAAGUUCCUCCCCCGCGCCAAGCCAGCGAAGAAGGGAAAGGAGGAGUUGUAA